GACCCGCCCCGGGAGCGGGCGGUACCGGGCCGCCCCCGGCCGCGCUGACAUCAGCCGUGAAAAGGGCGCGGGCGGCGGCAUCCGCCACCACCGCGCCGGGACCGCGGGAUCGGCCGCAGACCCCCCCCCUCCAUCAGCAUGGCAAACCGGGGACCAUCGUACGGCCUGAGCCGGGAGGUGCAGCAGAAGAUCGACCGGCAGUACGACCCCGAGCUGGAGCAGAUCCUGGUGCGGUGGAUCCUGGCCCAGUGCGGCGGGGAUGUCGCACAGCCGGCGCCUGGCAGGGACGGCUUCCAGCAGUGGCUGAAGGACGGCACCGUGCUGUGCCGGCUCAUCAACAGCCUGCACCCGCGGGGCCAGGGGCCAGUGGCCAAGAUCCAGGCGUCCGCCAUGGCCUUCAAGCAGAUGGAGCAGAUCUCGCAGUUCUUGCAGGCGGCCGAGCGCUACGGCAUCGCUGCCACAGACAUCUUCCAGACGGUCGACCUCUGGGAGGGGAAGAAUAUGGCAUGCGUGCAGAGGACCCUGAUGAACCUGGGCAGCCUGGCUGUGGCCAAGGGCGACGGGAUCUUUGUGGGAGACCCCAACUGGUUCCCCAAGAAGUCGCAGGAGAACCGUCGCGUCUUCUCGGAGGACAAGCUGAAGGAGGGGCAGAGCGUCAUCGGGCUGCAGAUGGGCACCAACCGCGGCGCCUCGCAGGCUGGCAUGACGGGCUACGGCAUGCCCCGCCAGAUCCUCUGAGCACGCGGACCCCCGCCCUGCCUGCAAGGGGCCCCCCGGGGCCGGCCCCCACCCUGCCUUAACUCCCCCCCCACGGACCAGCCGGGUGCCCCCAGCCCGGGCGCCCACCCCUCCGCCGCCAGUAUUUCCAGGACCAAAAUCUUUUUUUAUAAUUAUUAUUAUUUUGUUGGGUGCGGGCGGCGGGUGGGGGCAUUUUCACGCCGCCCGCCCCCCCACCGCUGUGCCUACAUCCCCCCAGUGCCUUGGGGGCCGCCGUACCCCCCAGCCCCGUUGCUGUGUGGGAGGGGGGGAGGCGCCCCCCCACCCCAAUAAACAAUUCCUCUUCUUUCUA